AUGGGGGAUGCUAAGGAAAGCUCAGAUUAUUUAACGGCAGAAGCUGAAGCCGAUGAAGCUACUUUUCAGCAACCUUCAUCGUCUGGUACCUCAACCAACGGCAACCUUUCCAAACCUUACUCGAACAUCGUUCGCCUGGAUGGACACGCCGAUCCUCUUGAUCCGCAGAACUGGCCAGUGAUUAAGAAGAUCUACACUGCCGUCCUCCUCGGUCUGGCAACUAUGAUAGCUGCUCUCACUAGUAGCAUCUUCUCCAUGGCCAUCCCGCCCCUAAUGGUAAUUUAUGGCAUCUCCCGCGAAGUAGGGACACUCGGGGUCUCAUUAUAUGUCUUGGGUUUCGCGACAGGGCCUAUUAUCUGGGCCCCCUUCUCUGAGAUCAAAGGCCGUCGGGCACCUUUCUUACUGGCUAUGUUUGGAUUCACUGUGUUUGCCUUCGCAACAGCCGUAUCGAAGGACUUGCAAUCAAUCUUUAUCUGCCGCUUCUUUACCGGCUUCUUUGGCGCUGGCCCUUUGACGCUCUCUGGAGCCGUCUAUGGCGAUAUCCUCGCGCCCCAGAUCCGUGGAGCCGGGAUGGUUGGCUUCUGUCUGAUGGUCUUCGUGGGCCCGCUUCUCGCCCCUACCAUCGGCGGCUUCAUCAUAAUGAACGACAGCCUAGGCUGGCGAUGGACGCAAUACAUCCCCGGGAUCCUCGGCGGCGCUUCUUUCAUUUCGCUUCUCCUUUUCCACGACGAGUCAUACGUCCCCGUUCUUCUCUCUCAAAAAGCAGCGCGUCUCCGCCACGAAACAAAAGACUGGUCUAUCCACGCCGAGCACGACGAACUUGACAUCAGCCUCAACAGCAUCUUCCACAACUACCUCGCCCUCCCCUUGAAAAUGCUCGCUCUCGACCCCAUCAUUCUCUGCAUGUGCACCUUCGGCGCCUUCGUCUACGGCCUCCUCUACCUCUUCCUCACAGCCUACCCUAUCAUAUUCCAGCAAAUCCACGGCAUGACACCCGGCGUCGGCGGCCUCCCUUUCAUCGGCGUCGUCGUGGGCCAGCUCCUCGCGGGCGUCGUUAUGUUCCUGGGCUCGCCUAGAAUGGCCCGCCAGAUCAAGGCGAAUGGUGGACAAAUGGUGCCGGAGUGGUUGUUGCCCAUGGCUAUACCAGGUUCUGUGGCUUUCUCGGCGGGACUGUUCUGGCUCGGUUGGACUGGGUAUCGGAGUGAUUUUCACUGGAUCGUACCGACUGCUUCGGGACUGCUGACUGGGUUCGGGCUCUUGGGGAUGUUUUUGCCGUCGAUUGCUUAUGUGUCUGAGGCGAGGAGGAAGAGGGCCGCGUCGGCUAUUGCAGCACAUACGUUCCUUCGGUCUCUGGCGGGUGCUGUAUUUCCGCUUUUUGCGACUUACAUGGUAUGUUGA